AUGGCGGGUUGUGGGGCGGUGGGUGGGGAGAGGGCAGGGGGAGGAGAGAGGGCAGGGGGAGGAGAGAGGGCAGGGGGAGGAGAGAGGGCAGAGGGGGGAGAGAGGGCAGGGGAGGAGAGAGGGCAGGGGGAGGAGAGAGGGCAGGGGGAGGAGAGAGGGCAGGGGGAGGAGAGAGGGCAGGGGGAGGAGAGAGGGCAGGGGGAGGAGAGAGGGCAGGGGGAGGAGAGAGGGCAGGGGGAGGAGAGAGGGCAGGGGGAGGAGAGAGGGCAGGGGGAGGAGAGAGGGCAGGGGGAGGAGAGAGGGCAGGGGGAGGAGAGAGGGCAGGGGGAGGAGAGAGGGCAGGGGGAGGAGAGAGGGCAGGGGGAGGAGAGAGGGCAGGGGGAGGAGAGAGGGCAGGGGGAGGAGAGAGGGCAGGGGGAGGAGAGAGGGCAGGGGGAGGAGAGAGGGCAGGGGGAGGAGAGAGGGCAGGGGGAGAGAGGGCAGGGGGAGGAGAGAGGGCAGGGGGAGGAGAGAGGGCAGGGGGAGGAGAGAGGGCAGGGGGAGGAGAGAGGGCAGGGGGAGGAGAGAGGGCAGGGGGAGGAGAGAGGGCAGGGGGAGGAGAGAGGGCAGGGGGAGGAGAGAGGGCAGGGGGAGGAGAGAGGGCAGGGGGAGGAGAGAGGGCAGGGGGAGGAGAGAGGGCAGGGGGAGGAGAGAGGGCAGGGGGAGGAGAGAGGGCAGGGGGAGGAGAGAGGGCAGGGGGAGGAGAGAGGGCAGGGGGAGGAGAGAGGGCAGGGGGAGGAGAGAGGGCAGGGGGAGGAGAGAGGGCAGGGGGAGGAGAGAGGGCAGGGGGAGGAGAGAGGGCAGGGGGAGGAGAGAGGGCAGGGGGAGGAGAGAGGGCAGGGGGAGGAGAGAGGGCAGGGGGAGGAGAGAGGGCAGGGGGAGGAGAGAGGGCAGGGGGAGGAGAGAGGGCAGGGGGAGGAGAGAGGGCAGGGGGAGGAGAGAGGGCAGGGGGAGGAGAGAGGGCAGGGGGAGGAGAGAGGGCAGGGGGAGGAGAGAGGGCAGGGGGAGGAGAGAGGGCAGGGGGAGGAGAGAGGGCAGGGGGAGGAGAGAGGGCAGGGGGAGGAGAGAGGGCAGGGGGAGGAGAGAGGGCAGGGGGAGGAGAGAGGGCAGGGGGGAGGGGAGAGGGCAGGGGGAGGAGAUGAGGGCAGGGGGGGAGGGGAGGAGAGGGCAGGGGGAGGGGAGAGGGCAGGGGGAGGGGAGAGGGCAGGGGGAGGGGAGAGGGCAGGGGGAGGGAGAGGGCAGGGGAGGGAGAGGGCAGGGGGAGGGAGAGGGCAGGGGGAGGGGAGAGGGCAGGGGGAGGGGAGAGGGCAGGGGGAGGGGAGAGGGCAGGGGGAGGGGAGAGGGCAGGGGGAGGGGAGAGGGCAGGGGGAGGGGAGAGGGCAGGGGGGAGGGGAGAGGGCAGGGGAGGGGAGAGGGCAGGGGGAGGGGAGAGGGCAGGGGGAGGGGAGAGGGCAGGGGGAGGGGAGAGGGCAGGGGGAGGGGAGAGGGCAGGGGGAGGGGAGAGGGCAGGGGGAGGGGAGAGGGCAGGGGGAGGGGAGAGGGCAGGGGGAGGGAGAGGGCAGGGGGAGGAGAGAGGGCAGGGGGAGGAGAGAGGGCAGGGGGAGGAGAGAGGGCAGGGGAGGGAGAGGGCAGGGGGAGGAGAGAGGGCAGGGGGAGGAGAGAGGGCAGGGGGAGGAGAGAGGGCAGGGGGAGGAGAGAGGGCAGGGGGAGGAGAGAGGGCAGGGGGAGGAGAGAGGGCAGGGGGAGGAGAGAGGGCAGGGGGAGGAGAGAGGGCAGGGGGAGGAGAGAGGGCAGGGGGAGGAGAGAGGGCAGGGGAGGGGAGAGGGCAGGGGGAGGGGACGAGGGCAGGGGGAGGAGAGAGGGCAGGGGGAGGGGAGAGGGCAGGGGGAGGGGAGAGGGCAGGGGGAGGGGAGAGGGCAGGGGGAGGGGAGAGGGCAGGGGGAGGAGAGAGGGCAGGGGGAGGGGAGAGGGCAGGGGGAGGGGAGAGGGCAGGGGGAGGGGAGAGGGCAGGGGGAGGGGAGAGGGCAGGGGGAGGGGAGAGGGCAGGGGGAGGGGAGAGGGCAGGGGGAGGGGAGAGGGCAGGGGGAGGAGAGAGGGCAGGGGAGGAGAGAGGGCAGGGGGAGGGGAGAGGGCAGGGGGAGGGAGGAGGGCAGGGGGAGGGGAGAGGGCAGGGGGAGGGGAGAGGGCAGGGGGAGGGGAGAGGGCAGGGGGAGGGGAGAGGGCAGGGGGAGGGGAGAGGGCAGGGGGAGGGGCAGCUCACCUGAUGAGGAAGGGGCGGGCGAAGAAGGCAGGCUGGGUGAGCGCGGCGGGCGGGAGGAGGUGAGAGAGGGUGUGGUAGACGGCCAUGCAGAGCAGCGCCUUGAGCAGUGCGGCGCAUGCCGGCAGCACACGCGGAGGGAAGGCGGGGGAGUGUGGUGCAGAUGGAUGCUUGUGCGCGUAGAGCGUGGCCCAGCACUGCCAGAGGGGUGCAGAGGGGUGAGGGGCGAUGGAGAGGGGAACAAAGAUGAGGAAUGCAGAGGGGGAACAAAGAGGGGGGAUGGGAAGGAGGAAUUGGGGAUGGGGGGGAGGAAUUGGGGAUGGGAGGGGGAAUUGGGGAUGGGGGGGGGGGAGAAUUGGGGAUGGGGGUGA